UCAUAAUUCUAUUUUAAGCUGAGAUUUAUAAUAAGAAGCGCGCGUUGAGCGGACGCUCGUAGAGCAGUGUCAUUCGCGUGUCUUUAAUCACGAGCGUAUUUUACGGUCCUUCGACUCUGCGAUAUAAUCUCGAUGCUAAUUAAUUCAUUUAUUUUACAAGAUUCACGACUGUUACGACACUCUCUUCUGGCAUCGCGACUUAUAAUCUCAACAUCUGACAAAUGACGUGUAUAUAAAUAUACCCGCGUUAUAAAAUAACUCUGCCUCUCCAAGAACUUUGCCAUCAAACUCAGUUUUUUCCUCAGUCUUUCCAAGAGUUUGUUAAACUCUUGGAAAUCACACAAUUAUAUAAAAACUCUAGCACUAUAUACCGAUUAUAAAUCGAUUUCACUGCAAAUUACAGUCUGAGUAGAGAACCUCUGCUUGAAACAAUGUAAGAUUUAUUGAUAUUUGUGCCGUGGAGAAAAUUUUGCAGAGAAACGAAAACAACAACAUCUCUGAAGUCAUUACAAAAUUGGCUCGGUGCCUAUACAAAAGGCGUUUUAAAUGUGCGGUAUAAAAGAAGAUGAUUGAAGCAUGGAAAGGCAAAGUACCGAGGAAAAAUUAAACAUAAGUGCGCGAGAGAUGGAUCCACUUGAGAUGAUGGGAUUGCUCGUGUCGCAUCUGCGAGAGAACAAUCUUGAUAAACCCCGGUCAUGGACCAUCAAGCGUUCUCUCAUGAAAGGUCGCGGAAUGUUCGCCAUACGAGACAUUCGAGUCGGCGAAUCGAUCUUCACGGAUGUCCCGUUGUUGAUGGGGCCGCGAUGUUACAGCAAGUGCCUGCCGAUGUGUGUCGUCUGUUACAAGAACAAUUGUCCCCUGUUCCCCUGCGAUCAUGAUUGCGGUUUGCCGAUCUGUUCGACGGAAUGCGAGAACUCGAUGUCGCACUCUCAGGAGUGUCGCACUCUCAGAGAGUGGAUGCCGACCUGCGGUUCCACCUGGUCCAAGGAUCUCCUGCUUGCGGUGGUACCGAUACGCGGUCUCGCGUUGUCGAAGGAGCAGCGAGAACUCUUGUACGCCUUCGAAUGCCAUUCGAAUCUUACCCAUAAUCACGAGAUCGAUCUGCUGAAAAGAAGCGUCAACAACCUUCCCAGCGAGGAACAAAUGGAGUUUAUGAGGCGCAUCUGCGAGGUCUUCAACACGAAUUCCUUCGAAGUCGUGAUCGCGAGAAACGAAGACUGCACCACGAGUCUACGCGGUCUUUAUCCCUUAGGUGCGUUGCAAAAUCAUUGCUGCGUGCCGAACACCAGACACCAUUUCGAUGAUCAGCAACGACUCCACGUGAGCGCCGCGCUGCCGAUCGCCGCUGGCGAAGAGCUCACCAUGUCCUACACCGACCUACUGUGGGAUACGUCGAGCAGGAGGCAGUUCCUGAGAGUCACCAAACACUUCUCCUGCGACUGCAGUAGAUGCUGCGAUCCCUCGGAAUUCGGGUCCCAACUCGGGGCGCUUCUCUGCGCAAAGGAUGAUUGUCCGGGUCAUUUGCUACCACGCAAUCCUCUCAGUCUUGAAUCUCCCUGGAUCUGCGACAAGUGCCAGAUCAGCGUGAAUCGCAGACAGAUUGAAUGCAUUCAUUCGGUAUUGAAUACGCUUGUUUUUGACGCAAUGUAUAAGACUCCGCGAAAGAUUCUCAAAUUUAUAGAAACGAUAUUAUCGAAAUUGAUUCCUGCCACUAAUUACAUUAUGUUAGAUGCCAAGUAUCGUAUAAUCUCUUACUUUGGCAGAGUGCCGGAUCUUAAAUGGAAAGGUAAGAUACAUAUAUAUAGUAUAUGUGUGUGUGUGAUAUUUUCUACCUUAAAAAAACAAAACGUAAUUUGUGUUAUUGCAGAUCUUACGGAUAAAGAACUUAGAAUCAAGAAAAUGUAUUGUAACGACAUACUUUCUACUUUGGAUAUUUUGGAUUCUGGAGAUUCUAUUAAAAGAGGCCUUGUUUUAUACGAACUGUAUCGUACGAAUCUUGAAUUGUCUAAGCGCCAGAUUUCGGAAGAACAAACAUAUCCGUGCAUAAAGGAUAACGAGGAUAAUAAAUGCCUCUUACGGCAGGCAAUGGAUAUAUUGCAAAACGAUGUCGGCGCAGCCUCUAUUCGUAAAAGUGAUUAACGCGAAAAGACACCGAUUCUAAAGUUGUAUUUAUUGAAUUAUUCGAUGUCUGGGAUGGAUAUACAUAUGUGUAUGAGCAUUGAAAUAAAUAAUGCAUCAUAUACUGCUAUGUAUAUUACGACUUUUAUAAUCUAAUCGUCUGGUUUCGUAUUUUUUUCACGCGACAUUCAGCUUAUGAUACAAGAAAGAUUUGGAAAUAUAUAUAAAUAUAGUUAUUACGAUAAAAAAGUGUAAGCGAUUAUUAUAUUCUGGUUAAAAGUACGUAUUUGAUAGAGAUUAAAUUUAAAACAUUACGUUUCAAAUAUGCGAAUAUUCACUUGAUUUUUAUGAAAGAUGCAAAAUGCUCAGACAAAAAUUAUGUUCAAUCGAUAAUUAAGUCAUAAUUUCAUGUCAAUUAGAAGUUAUGAUACGACCUGUUAUAGCGUGAAAUAGAUUCUCACAGACACAAACAUACACACACAACAUACACACACGGCAGUGUACAUAUAUAUCUUGUACAAUCAAUAUAAAACAGAAUUAAUAGUUAUUCACAAUUUUAUACGUAAAUUUUAUCACUUUUUCAUACUACUUGCUGUAAUAAGCAUUUUGCUUCCUCAUACAAAGCAGCACUUGGCUUUAGUGUUUCCAAAUCGUAAUUCACAUCUUCGUCAUAACUCGCAUUGUUAUUUCUGCAAUUAAAUUUCAUUACAUUAUAACACAAGAGUUUACAAAAAAAUAUAUUGACAAACAAUAUUCUAUAAAUCUUAAUUUAAAAAUGUACAAAAAAUUUCACUAUUUGUGUUCUUAAUUAACGUAAUUUAAUACGACUUGAUACUCACCUGUAUAAAGAAUCAUCUACAGCGGACAUCGCACCAUUAUCCAGAUCCUGCAGUAACCGAUUUCGCGCAAGCGCAGUGUGCAUCAACGCGAUAUCAGCAAGCAAGAAUUCUUUACGAUUCAUAAAAAUAAGAUUUGAAAAAUAUUAUUUCAUAAACUUUCUGACUUUAGUUACACUGAGAAAUACUCACCAUUCUCGUAUUUUUUUCGUAAGUAUUUUAUGAAAUCUUCGCUCGCAUACUUCUUAGAUAUACCGAUUCUGUAGAAUAUAGCUUUGCACUGCCAUCGAUUUUCCGUAGAAUCUUGAUUCGACGAGACAAUCCUUUUCGCUUGCGUUUCUUUCACGAGAGAUUCCCAAUCGACACCUAAAGCAUCGCCCAGUCCUUUGCCGCUCGUUUUGAUGUCCUCUUCUAACUCACCAUCAGAAAUUUCUUCAAAGUCCAUAGUUUCCAUAUUUUCGUCUUCCAUGUUUCUAUUAACAUAAAAAUGUUAU